UUGAUUCACUUUUGCUAGCUCCACCGCCAAAUUUUCAUACCUCUCAAACCUCUCAACUCCACCUUCAUCAAUUCAAACUGAAACCCUGAGCCAAAGAAGAAGAAGAGAUGAUAUCAGCAAUUUCCUGGGUGCCCAAAGGAGUUUCUAAGCCAGUCCCUGCUGUUGCCGAGCCGCCCACCCAAGAAGAAAUCGAUGAGCUAAUAAAAUCCGGCAUCCUAGACAAAAGUGGAGCUGGUGGAAGUGAUGAGGAUGAUGAGGGAGAAAUGGAGGUUGAAACCACCAGUGAGGGCGGUGAAGUCUCGCAAGCUUUAGAGGUUGCAAAAGCACUUGGUAGAGCUUCUAAAGUGACGAAAUCAGGGAACAAUUAUGAUGACAUUACGGAAGGAUUGAAGGAGCUUGACAUGGAUCAUUAUGACGAUGAGGAUGAUGAUGGCAUUGAUUUGUUUAGUGGUGGGUUUGGGGACCUUUACUACCCAAGUAAUGAUAUGGAUCCAUAUCUCAAGAAGGACAAGGAUGAUGACGAGGAUUCUGAAGAUAGUGAAGACAUGACCAUCAACCCAAAUGAUUCAGUCAUAGUGUGUGCUCGAAACGAGGAUGAUAUCAGUCAGCUCGAGAUUUGGCUAUAUACUGAAACAGAGGAUGGUGAAGUGGAUGUUUAUGUUCACCAUGACAUCAUUAUAUCAGCAUUUCCCCUGUGCACAGCAUGGCUUGACUGUCCUAUCAAAGGUGGAGACAAAGGAAACUUUAUAGCUGUUGGUUUGAUGAGUGAACCUACCAUUGAGAUAUGGGAUCUCGACAUUAUUGAUGAAGUACAACCAUGUGUGGUCUUGGGCGGCAUUGCUGAGAAGAAGAAAAAGAAAGGGAAAAAGACCUCAAUCAAAUACAAGGAAGGUAGUCACACAGAUUCAGUCCUGGGGCUUGCUUGGAAUAAGGAGUACAGAAAUAUACUGGCCAGUGCAAGUGCUGACAAACUAGUUAAAAUUUGGGAUGUGGCUACGGGAAAAUGUAACAUUACUAUGGAGCAUCAUACAGACAAGGUUCAGGCGGUUGCGUGGAAUCAUUUUGCCCCUCAAGUUCUUCUUAGUGGAUCAUUUGAUCAUACAGUUGUCUUGAAAGAUGGAAGGGUGCCAACACAUUCCGGUUAUAAGUGGACAGUGACAGCUGAUGUGGAAACCUUAGCAUGGGAUCCACAUAGUGAGCAUUCAUAUGUGGUGAGUCUUGAAGAUGGUACAGUCCAAGGUUUUGAUAUUCGGGCUGCCACUUCUGCACCUACUUCUGAAUCUAAACCCAGUUUUACUCUUCAUGCUCACGACAAGGCUGUUUGUGGAAUAUCCUAUAAUCCUUUGGCACCUAAUCUUCUUGCAACUGGAUCCACAGAUAAAAUGGUGAAGCUUUGGGAUUUGUCAAAUAAUCAACCUUCAUGCAUUGCGUCCAUGAAUCCUAAAGCAGGAGCUGUGUUUUCUAUUUCGUUUUCACAAGAUAACCCCUUUUUGCUGGCCAUGGGAGGCUCGAAAGGGAAAUUAGAAGUCUGGGAUACAUCAUAUGAUGCUGCAGUGGCCCAAAGAUUUGGAAGUUACAUCAAGAAGAGCAGACCCCAAUCUGCGGCUUGAUCUUUAGAAGAUAAUUAAGUGCUGUAUGUUUUAUUUUUUAUUCUUAAUUUCUCAUUCAACAUGAGCCCUUCUAUUUUCUAGAGAAGAAGUAGCUUUGCCCACCGGCAGUGUUCUCAAAUUCAUCACCUCUUCUAUAGUAUACUCGAGUGUCAUACGCUAGGAAUAGGUAAACUUUCUAAGUUCUUGUAUUGAUGUUGUGUCAAACGAAGAUGUGAAUUGUGGAAAAGAAAUGGGAAGUGAUUUCCUUAAAAAGAAUAUUGUUUUUUUGUGUG